ACACACACACACACACACACACACCAAUAAAGGUAACUAAUAAAAGUAAUCUGAAUAAAAACAACAGGGUUACAGCACUUAGUGUUUGGAUGCCUAAUAAGUAACAAGGAUGCAACAGAACAAGUGGGACUGUCUAACACCCACGGAUUUGUGCGUUUAAGUAGUUCACAUGACAUUUACUUGGACCCUCUUUGAGCCAGUUCUAUUUUUGAGUCCAAGAUUUUUCUGGGUUAAUGUUCACCUGGUUGGAGUUUAAAUCUGUUAGUUAGGGCCACUUAGUGUACUUGAUGGCUAAGCUUUGUGCCACAUCCCCUGCUCGUCGCCAUAUUUGAUCUAGCAGCGGACGGAGUGGAGGAGGUAAACAGUAACUCGGCGGGCAACAACAGUGAAGCCGUAGUUGUCAACACGCGUACUACCAUCGACAGAACUGCUAUAUGUGUCAGCAUAAUUGAUUGAGUCCAACAUCUCGGGCAGAGGAGUCCGAGGCGCUUUGUUUUUCGUCGUUGUUCAGCUAGCCAGCCGGUAGCCAUGACUUCGUUGACUCAGCGGAGCUCAGGCCUCGUGCAGAGGCGGACAGAGGCCUCGCGCAGCGCCGCUGACAAGGAGCGUCCGUCCAGCCAGGAGGACCAUGAGCUCCGGCGGGGAGACGAGCAGGACGACGACGACACGGGAGACUCCAAAGAAACACGACUGACGCUGAUGGAAGAAGUCCUACUCCUAGGACUGAAGGACCGAGAGGGCUACACCUCUUUCUGGAAUGACUGCAUUUCAUCAGGGCUGCGUGGCUGCAUGCUGAUUGAACUGGCCCUGCGAGGACGCCUACAGUUGGAAGCCUGUGGCAUGCGGAGGAAAGGCCUGCUGGCCAGGAAGGUGAUCUGUAAGUCAGAUGCUCCAACAGGAGAUGUGCUACUAGAUGAAGCCCUGAAACACAUCAAAGACACACAACCACCAGAGACGGUGCAGAGUUGGAUCGAGCUCCUCAGCGGAGAGACAUGGAACCCGCUGAAGCUUCAUUACCAGCUGAGGAACGUCCGUGAGCGGCUGGCCAAGAACCUGGUGGAGAAAGGCGUCCUCACCACGGAGAAGCAGAACUUCCUGCUUUUUGACAUGACCACACACCCGCUCACCAACAACAACAUCAAGCAGCGCCUUAUCAAGAAGGUCCAGGAGGCGGUGCUGGACAAGUGGGUGAAUGACCCUCACCGAAUGGACAAGCGUCUGCUGGCGCUCAUCUUCUUGGCCCAUUCCUCAGAUGUCCUGGAAAAUGCCUUCGCCCCGCUGCUAGACGACCAGUACGACCUGGCCAUGAAGAGAGUUCGGCAACUGCUGGAACUGGAGCCCGAGGGGGAGAGCAUGAAGGCCAACACUAACGAGCUGCUGUGGGCCGUGGUGGCCGCCUUCACCAAAUGAGGCCACACAAAGAGGACGGCAGCUAGUUGUGGUGGGGUUCAAAUGUCAGUGCAAGUUGGGGGAGGAACGAGACUCGCCUCGACAAAAGUGACUCGACUGACUCGCUGAGUUUACUCCUGCCUGGGCUUUUGGAAUGGGCUGCUCCACAUAUACCCCCUUUUCUCUUUCUUUUCCAUUUCUUUUCCUUGUAGAUAACUCUCGUUUCUCCCUGUGGUCCUCUCUGUGCCAGAUCUGUCAUAUAUGCGUUAACUUUCGGAUAAAAGAAAAACAAACUCUACUCUUUGCGGAACUUGAAUCAGGUGGUUGGCAACGAUAUGGAUAGGGGAGAAACUGAAGCCAAGAUGUCGAUUUUUGUCCUCUUUUCUUUUCCAUCGGUGACAUCUUUUUUUCCCCAUCAAGUAUGUGUGCUUUAGGCUACUCAAAGUAACUAGCUAACACACCUCAGAAUAUAUCAGCCAACAACCUAGUGUACAUGUGUAAAUCCAUGUACAGGACGUAUAUACCAUAUAGGAAUAAAAUAUUAGCAAUUUCUCCUGACAUGUCUCUGAAACAAAUUUCCUCUGCCAAAUGUCACUGAAGAUAUAUAUUUUUUAUUUUCCCUCCUGUUAAUGAAAGCUGCUCUUAAGACUGGGAUUUUUUUUUUUUUUUUUUUAAAUCUGAUCUCAUGGCAUUUUAUGUGACUUUCACUACAAAUACUUAGAGACAGGGCCAGUCAAUCCAAAAAGCUGACUAUAUUAAUAUCUCUAUGGUUACACACUGUCAAAAUGUGCGAAAGUCUAGGUUUUCUACGGUUAUAUUGGGGAUUCUGGUCUACAAGUAGUAAUGUCUGCUGGACCCAGCCGCCUCAGUUUUCAUUCUUAUUAGCUUGUUAACCACGUGGCCGUUUCAGGUUUGUUUCCUGGGAUCAACAGUAGUUUCCUCUGAGUGUGUGUGUAUGGAACGCUGGUUUGAGUCAUCGGUUUGUAGGCUGGAUGCCAUUAGCCCACAUCGGUACAUCUUCACAUUAGUAAAGCAUUACUGCGAUUGGUUAGAAACAAUUAGUUAGCCACUAGGGCUGCUUUCCUGAAUGCCUCACAUUGACCUGAGCUAGCCAUGCCAACAACAGUUGCAAAAAUCAAAUGACAAGCAAAUACGAGAAAACCAUGAAUCUGUUAUUAUGAUCAUCUUAUCGCUCGUCAGCUUUUGAGUUUCUGUACGUUGCCUGGACUCGGUUCAAGCAACAAUAAAACACCUCAAUCAUUCAGUGGUCUUUUCCUUAAUUUGCAGGCCAGUGUCGCUUGACGUUCACUUGCUCUCGAAGCAAACCUCUUGUGUCUGUGAAUUUUGGAUUUGGGAAUAAGUAGAUGCAUUAUCUGUGUGCUCACCGAGGUCAGAACAAUCAAACAAUGGGGUCACAUUCCAGUUCUUAGUUGUAUAUAGAUCCUUCGUUUAUUCAUCCCCCAUCUUUGUCUUGGUUAGUUUUGAUUCCAGAAUGCAAAUCUUGGUUGCAUUGAGAUAUUUUCUUACAAAGAAUAUGGAUGAUUCAUCGUUAUUAAGAUGGCUUUUCCAAUUCUGUCCUCUCUCCGGGGUUCAGUCUCUUCAAAGAUUUUAUUUUUUUUUUUAACAUCGUGCUCCAAAACAGUCAAAGCCUUUUCACCAAUCACCAUAUCUUGCUCUUACUUUUUUUUUUCGUAAUUGCAUCACUUUUAUGAAUUUUAUUUUUACAGAUGCUUGUGUUCUGUUUUAACUGAACUUUUGCUACUACAUUCUGUUCUUUUGCUUUUUGUGAUUCAUUGUUCAAAUCCAUGGGUAUUGUGAAAGGCAAUGCUUUCUUAUAGUUUCCUUCCUAUAAUGUAUGUAGCAGGGCCAUAGGAGUGAUUAGUCAAGUGAUCAUGGGGAGAGGCGACCUGGACGUCUGUGCAUCAGGCAGUCGCCUCACAUUGUGGAGUACGAUUAUGCUAGAUUAUGUACCUGUCAUCCUUGUAAUAAAGGGACCUUUGAUCUGUGCAUUUUCUUUUACCAUAAAAAAAUAAACUAAGAGCUUGGAAGUGCCUAAUCAUA